UGCUCGUUUUGUAAACGGUGGGUCAGCUGUGAUCGUGUGACCUACUUGAAGUACUCGUAACUGACUGAUCACGAUGAAUAUGGAAAAAAAACGGAACUUUAAAAGACAUUAUCCUUUCGACUAUAAAGACAAGGAGUAGGGGGCGUCACCACCGCUGCCCUCUGACGAAAUUAUCGGGAAUUGUGGGAUGUUUACAGGAAGACGAGGAUCUUCAUCUUCAUCGGUCAGAAAUCAGUGAACAACCGACUAGUUUUAUCUUCCUCAGCUGUGUUUUCAGUCUGCUCCAGUGAUGUCUCAGAAUAAGGGAUACAGCCGUUUUGACAAUGCUGUGGAUGGGGAUGAUCCUUCACCGCCACCACCGCCGGGUUUCGUGAUGCCUCCUGCUUAUGAAGCCGCUGUUCAGUACGGGCAUGCAGAUGCUACAGUCCCCGUGGCUGUUCCAGUCGGACCACCGUACGCUUUUGAAAGUCCUGCGUACGGACAGGGAGUAUCCGGAUACCCACAGCAGCCGUAUCCAGUGGCCGCUCCAUACAGCACAGAUCCAUACUCACAGCCGUUUCCCAACGUGGUGGCGAUGGGUGAACCGGGACAGAGCAACGAUCCUCCAGAAUAUGACAGUGAUCAGUUCACCAGCUCUGGACUGGACAAUAAAGAGAUCAGACGCGUGUUCAUCCGAAAGGUCUUCAGUGUUUUGAGUCUUCAGCUGGCCAUCACCACUGCGUUUGUGGCCAUCUUCACCUUCGAGCCUCAUGUAAAGCUGUUCGUGAUGCAGAACUCCUGGACGUAUUGGGUGGGAUAUCUGGUGUUCCUGGUGCCGUAUUUCGUGAUCCUCUGCUGCGGAGAGUUUCGUCGCAAACACCCCUGGAACCUCAUCUGUUUGUCGGUGCUGACUCUGGCGAUGUCCUACAUGGUCGGAGUGAUUUCCAGCUUCUACGACACUGAUAUCGUGAUAAUGGCGAUCGGCAUUACAGUGGUGGUCUGCUUUACUGUCAUCAUCUUCUCCAUGCAGACCAAGUAUGACUUCACUUCCUGUUACGGGGUUCUGUUCGUUUGCGGCAUCGUCCUGUUCGUCUUUGGGAUCCUUUGCAUCAUCUUCUAUAGCAAGAUUAUGGACCUCAUUUACUCCACCCUGGGAGCUCUUUUAUUCACCUGCUUUCUGGCGGUGGACACGCAGCUGCUGCUGGGGAACAAGAAUCUGUCUCUGAGCCCGGAGGAAUACAUCUUCGCUUCCCUCAAUCUCUAUCUAGACAUCAUCCAAAUCUUCCUGUUCAUCCUGAGGAUCCUGGGACGGAGCCGCAGCUGAAAUCACCAUCAAUUCAUCUUUACACAUGCUGAGAUCAGUAACUAACUUUCACCAUAUUCACUGUAGUUAAAGAGUUUCUACUUCCUGAAAACAUGAUGAUGAUGACCAUGUGAAACUGUCAUACUUUUAUACGUCCUCAUGUUAUUAAUAUAGUCUCAUUCCUUUCUUCGUCUGUGUGUGUGUGUGUGUUUGUAUGAUUAUGUAUGUUUGUGUGAGUCUGAGUUUGUGUGUGUGUAUAUGCGAGUGUGUGUUUUUUGUUUGUGUGUGAAUUUGUAAGCGUUUGUGUGUGCGUUUGUUUUUGUGCAUCCAUUUAUGUGUGCGUGUUUGAGCUGGCAUGUUUGUGUGUGUGUGUGUGCGCACGCAUGUGUUUAUGUUUCUUUGCGUGUGUGUGUUUGUGUGCAUUUGUGUGUGUGUGUUGUAUUAGAGAUGUCUUUGGGUUCUGUUUUCUCUUUCAGAAGGGAAUAAAGUCAUUUUUAUGAACACA